GGCGGGGCGAGGCCUAGGGCGGCAGUAGGACUACCGUCUUCUGGGUCAGGCUGUCACGCUCGGUCCCAAAGGACCUCAGGCAUCCAGUCUGGACGGCCUGAAGCCAGGAGCCCCGAGCGGCGAGAUGGCAUCUUCCAGUGAGCAGGAGCUCAGAGGCAUGUUCGAAUGCCAGGUGUGUGGCCUGACUGUACCGUAUAGCUACGUGGGGCAGAAACCUCCCAACUCCCGUACUGUCGUGCUCCUGGAGGAAUGCUACGUGCUGAAGGACCCCUUCAGCUCAGACAAAGACAGAUUCCUGAUCCUCGGUUCCCAGUGUAGCCUCUGCAGCAAGCUGGUGUGCGUGGGCCCGGAGUGUAGCUUAUUCUACUCGAAGAGAUUUUGCCUCCCCUGUGUUCGUGAGAAUCUCAGUGCUUUCCCUCAAGAGAUCCAGCAAGAUGUGGAGAAGAGAUAUGCUCUGUCCAAAACUGGCUCUAGGAAGCUUGACUCGAGGACCUGAUUGUAAGCUUCUGGCAAGAACGAGGCCCUGGCUGCCCCUGGCUGUCGUAAUCCUCUUCUCCCAUCUUGUUCCUGUGAGCAGAUGACCUGAGGGGACCUUCCAUUGGCCAUCAUUGUGGCUUCUGAAGGGGGCUGGAGGUGUCCAGGGGGCUAAGCUGCCUGCAUGGGAUGUCUCUCACAUUGCUGUGGUCACUAUUUCCAACUCUGGAAAUCCGGGGAAUUCUGGCUUUAGCUGAUCUGAAGUCUAGGCCAGAGGCUUCUUUGCAGUGGGCCCCAGGGGCAGCUAGGUGGCACAGUAGAUAGAGCUCUGGCCUUGGAGUCAGGAGGACCUGAGUUCAAAUCCAGCC